GGCUCUACGGAAGCCGGGCAGGGACUCGCGUGUCCCGGCGGCGGCUGUAGGCGGCGGCCCCGGCCUGGGGGGCUAGGGGGGGUCCCGCGGGUCCGGACGGAGCGGGCGGCGAGAUGGCGGCACCGUGAGGAGCUCGCACCCUCAGCACGGACUGGAUGCCCACGGGCGGCAGGACGCUGUCACACGCUGCCCGCGCUCUCUGCAGGGGCACAGCGCUGUUCUGCCCUCGCCCACAGCUCCCCUUGCCCCGACCGUUCUCCUCCUCUGGCGGAGUCAGCCCCGGUUGUUGGUGCCCGCUGCUGCUCCCCCGUGUCUCCGGGCCAUCCCCGAAGCAGCGCCGCGCUUUUCCCCUCUCCCUGCUCUUGGGCAGCUGGCUGCGCUCGGCCUGCGCGGCUGCGGAGGACAUGGCAGAGCAGCGCUACUGUGUGGACUAUGCCAAGCGGGGCACCGCGGGCUGCAAGAAGUGCAAGGAGAAGAUCGUGAAGGGGAUGGUGCGCAUUGGGAAGAUCGUUCCCAAUCCUUUCACCGAGUCCGGAGGGGACAUGAAGGAGUGGUACCACGUCAAGUGCAUCUUUGAGAAGCUGGACAAAGCCCGGGCCACCACCAAGAAAAUCGAAGACAUCACAGACUUGGAGGGGUGGGAAGAGCUACAGGAUGAGGAGAAGGAAACAAUCAACAAGUACAUCUCAGAAGCCAAUUCCAAGACUGGAGGUACCCCGAAGAAAAAGGUGAUAGUGCAGGCAAAGCUCACUGCCACAGGACAACUGACCACAAAAGAUCCACCAAAGAAAUUCUCUGGAUUCACUGCCAAGCCAAAGAAUUCAGAAGAUGCCCCUGCAAACUCUGUCCACAAACCCAGCCUGUCUGCAGCCAGGUGUGAUCCCAAGCACAAGGAUUGCCUGCUGCGGGAAUUCCGCAAGCUCUGUGCCAUGGUGGCUGAGAAGCCAAGCUACAACGUGAAAACACAGAUCAUCCAGGACUUCCUCAGAAAGGGAUCUGCAGGAGAUGGUUUUCAUGGUGAUGUAUACCUGACCAUUAAGAUGCUGUUACCAGGUGUCAUUAAAAUAGUUUACAACUUGAAUGAUAAGCAGAUUGUAAAGCUGUUCAGCAGGAUUUUUAACUGCAACCAGGAAGAAAUGGUCCGGGACCUGGAGCAGGGAGAUGUUUCCGAGACCAUACGGAUCUUCUUCGAGCAGAGCAAGACCUGUCCUCCAGCACCCAAGAGCCUCCUGACCAUCCAGGAGGUCGAUGAAUUCCUCAUCCAACUGUCCAAGCUCACCAAGGAGGAUGACCAGCAGAGUGUCCUGCAGCAGAUCAGCCGCAGGUGUACGGGCAAUGACCUGAAGUGCAUCAUCAGGCUAAUUAAACAUGACUUGAAAAUGAAUGCUGGAGCAAAGCACGUGUUGGACGCUCUGGAUCCCAACGCCUACGAGGCGUUCAAGGCCUCGCGGAACCUGCAGGACGUGGUGGAGCGGGUGCUGCAGAACCAGCAGGAGUCUGAGAAGGUGCCAGGGCUGAAGAGGACCCUGAGCGUGCAGGCCUCACUCAUGACCCCAGUGCAGCCCAUGCUGGCUGAGGCCUGCAAGUCCAUCGAGUACGCCAUGAAGAAGUGUCCCAACGGGAUGUACGCCGAGAUCAAGUACGACGGCGAGCGCGUGCAGGUGCACAAGAACGGGGAUCACUUCAGCUACUUCAGCAGGAGCCUCAAACCUGUGCUCCCCCACAAAGUAGCCCAUUUUAAGGAUUUCAUCCCCCAGGCUUUCCCUGGUGGGCAAAGUAUGAUCCUGGAUUCAGAAGUUCUCCUGAUUGACAAUAAAACUGGCAAGCCACUUCCUUUUGGGACUCUUGGUGUGCACAAGAAAGCUGCUUUCCAGGAUGCCAACGUUUGCCUGUUUGUGUUUGACUGCAUCUACUUCAAUGACAUCAGCCUGAUGGACAGGCCCCUGUGUGAACGGCGCAAGUUCCUGCACGACAACAUGGUGGAGAUCCCCAACAGGAUCCUGUUCUCAGAGAUGAAACACGUCACAAAAGCUUCAGAUCUGGCAGACAUGAUCACCCGAGUCAUCCGGGAGGGGCUGGAAGGGCUGGUGCUGAAGGAUUUAAAGGGAAAUUACGAACCAGGGAAACGCCACUGGCUGAAGGUGAAGAAGGAUUAUCUCAACGAGGGGGCAAUGGCUGACACUGCUGACCUGGUGGUGCUGGGGGCUUUCUAUGGACAGGGCAGUAAAGGUGGCAUGAUGUCCAUCUUCCUCAUGGGCUGCUACGACCCCAAGAGUGAGAAGUGGUGCACGGUGACCAAGUGCUCCGGUGGCCACGAUGACGCCACGCUGGCACGUCUGCAGACAGAGCUGGACAUGGUGAAGAUCAGCAAGGAUCCUAGUAAAAUUCCAAGGUGGCUAAAAAUUAACAAAAUCUACUACCCAGACUUCAUUGUCCCAGAUCCAAAGAAAGCCCCAGUGUGGGAGAUCACCGGGGCUGAGUUCUCCAAGGCCGAGGCCCACACUGCGGACGGGAUCUCCAUCCGCUUCCCGCGCUGCACCCGCAUCCGCGACGACAAGGACUGGCAGACAGCCACCAACCUGCAGCAGCUGAAGGAGCUGUACCAGCUCUCCAAGGAGAAGGCUGAUUUCAGUGUUACAGCUGGGGAGGAAGACGAGUCCACAGCUGGCAGCAGUGGAGAGAAUGAUGGGAAUUCCAGGUCUUCCACACCUCACAGCAGUAUUAAGAGCCCCCCAAGCAAGUCACCUGCAAAAGCCCAGAAGGCAGAAGAGAGCAAAGGAGUGAUUGGAUCCCCUCAGAAAUGCGAGGAGAAACGAGGGGAGAAGAGAAAAGCAUCCGAGAUGGAGGACAAUGGAAAAAAGGUACAGGGGGGGGCCAGGACAGCAGCACGGCAGGGCGGGGGAGGCCGAGGCAGUUGCUCUGUUCACUUCCAUUCCAAGGAAUGUUUUGCCCAAGCUCUGCUUCUCCUUCCCCCCCAGCAGCCACUGCUGGACAUUUUCACGGGGGUGAGGCUCUACCUGGCGCCCUCCGUCAAGGACUUUGACCGAAUCCGCCGCUAUUUCAUCGCCUUCGACGGGGACCUGGUGGAGGAGUUCGACACGGCCUCGGCCACCCACGUGAUUGGGGACAUUGAUGACAACCCCGGGGCGCAGAGGGUGACUCCCAGGUGGAUCUGGGAGUGCAUCCGGAAGCGCAGGCUGGUGGCCCCGUGCUAGCAGAGCUGGGAACAGGGCCAGGGAGACUCCUCAGGAGUAGCUACAGGGAUCCAGAGCAACCCUAUGGAAUGAAUUAAAAAAGUUCUCUGAAGAAAUGUCACUGCUGAAUCCCCUUUUCCUGCCUGUACUGUAGACCACCGCCCUUAUCCAGGUGCUGCUUUAGGCUCCUUGGGUUUUUAAAGUUUGGGUAUUUUUAUAGAUAAAGAAAUAAAACCGAAGCAGCUUCUCCUUUGC